AUGACUGAUAAGCCAGACGACGGAGCCAUCCUAGACGCAUUGGAGCAUGCGCGCUCGCUCUCUGCACCCGGCACUGGCGUCACAAAGCUCUACGAGCGAGUCAAGGCCAAUCACCCUCAAUGGCAACUCAGCGACAAACGAUUUCGAAAGCUAGCUGCAAAGUCAAACAGGGAAGCCGAGGAGAGUCCGGCGAAUGGUCAUGCGAGCUCGAGCAAGCGAACUAUCGAUACCAGUGCUGUGCCUGUCUCCAAAAUUGACCCCAAAGUCGUUGCGUCGAGCAGUGUGUUUGAUGCCAUCAAGAUCCGUCAGAUCGAUCCCAUCAAGGGCAAGGGCAUCGUCGCUGCAAGGGACUUACCCGACGAGACACAGCUUCUUCACGAUACGGCUUAUGUCUUUGCAGCCGGUGCAGCCAUUGCACAGAAAGUCCAACGCGGUCAAGCUUGCGCUUUCUGUGGCAAGCUCGUCGAUGCUCUCGCUCGUCUGGCCGUAAGCUGUCAAGAGCAUCCAACGUACGGUAAGUCCUCCAAGGCCGUCACCUUUGAAGCUUGCAAGUUGCGCUACUGUGAUCGAGUCUGCUCUUCGAAAAGCCGACAUGAGUUUGGCCAGCUCAUCUGUCCUGCGUUGAACGACAACUACCGCACCUUGCUGGCAUACAGCGACAGUCGACAGACAUCCGUUCCGUUGGCCGUCUUCAAGCUGCUUGCAAAGACAUUCGUGGCCUACCAACGCUCCGAGCAAGAGGGCAGAGACGAGGCCAAGCGCGUCGAAGCGUUUGCAGGCAUCUCUCAGCGAGUCCUUUGCGAGCGUCAAUCGGGCCGGAAGGCAACGGAAGACCAUCUCAUACCCAUGUUGAAAGAAAGCCACGUCCUCACCGUUCGAGCUCUGCACUUUUCGGUGGAAAGUCAGGCAUCCGAGGCAGAGAUCAAGCCGGACGAGAUUCACUGGAAGACAAAGUUUCCCGCCAGUGUGCUCCAGCUGCUGUCAUUCGACUCUUUCCUGCUAUACACGGGCAAGGUCAACCUCAACCGCGAAGACGACGGCGGUGUCUACGCGCUCCAUUCAAGUCUCAACCAUUCCUGCCAUCCGAACGCAUCAGUCAGAAGAGUAGCGCUCCGAGGCAGCACGAACGACGCCAAGCCUUCCAAAGUCUACAUCAUCACGCGCAGACCCAUCAAAGCAGGCGAAGAGAUCACGCUGACAUACUGCUCUCCCCACCUAUCGCUCGAACAACGACGGGAGUACCUGUACAACCACUACCUGUUCGAAUGCUGGUGCGAGCGCUGUGUUGCCGAGAUGGAAGAUCGCCGUGAGAAUGGCAUCAAGGUUGCCCAGCCGACAGGCUUUGAGCCGCCCAUCAAUGGCGAGACACAUCAAGCCAGUGGGGAUCAUGCCGACGGAGAUUUGGCCGAUGAGAUCAAGGCGGCUUUGCAAAUCGCUUGA